AUGCGCUUCCUGGUCGGGAUUUUGUUUGCGGCCGUGUUCGCGGUGCUAAGCGUACAUGCGGAGGAGAAGUCGGACGUGGUUGACUUGGAUAAAACCACGUUUGCCAAGUUUACUGCAGAGGAGCCGCUCGCACUCAUCGAGUUUUUCGCGCCGUGGUGUGGCCACUGCCAGGCACUUGCGCCGCACUACGAGGAGGCUGCCACCGAGCUACUUCCUCAGAAUAUCAAGCUUGCCAAGGUAGACUGCACCAAGGAGGAGGCACUCUGCAGUGAGCUAGAGAUCUCUGGUUUCCCCACGCUCAAAGUGUUCCGCCAUGGAAACGCUGCGGCCUACGGCGGCCCGCGCAAGAAAGACGGUAUUGUGAGCUACAUGCGCAAGCAGCAGCUUCCCGCUGUGUCUUCUAUUUCGGCUGCGGGCCUGGAUGAAUUCAGGGCCAAGGACCGCUUUGUGGUCGUCGCAUUUGUCGACGAGGGCGACAAGGCGUCGAUGGACGCGAUCAACCAAUUAGCCGAGAAGCACCGCGAGACGUACGUCGUCGGUGUCUCCCACGACAAGGACCUCGCUGCGAAACAUAACGCCUCGCUCCCGGGCCUGGUCGCUUUCCGCACGUUUGACGAGCCCGAGGUGUCGCUCGACGUCAAGUCCAAGUCGCUCAAUAUCGCCGAGAUGGAAGCGUUUGUCAAUGUCCAGUCUGUUUCUCUCAUGGACGAAGUGAACCCUGACAAUUUCGCGCGCUACAUCCAGUCUGGCCUUCCUCUUGCAUACUAUUUUGUGAGUGCGGAUACGCCGACCCACGCCGAGGACGUGAAGAAGCUCACCGAAGUCGCCAAGGAGUUCCGCGACAAGGUCAACUUGGUCUGGAUCGACGCGAUCAAGUUUGGCGGUCACGCCAAGGCGCUGAACCUCAAAGGUGACUCGUGGCCCGCACUCGCCAUCCAGGACAUGGAAUCCGGUGCCAAGUACCCGCUCACGGACCUCGACAAAGACGUCAAGUCUUCCGUGCACGAUUUCAUCAGCAAGUUUGUCAGUGGUAAGCUCAAGCCGAGCAUCAAGAGCGCGCCGGUCCCUUCUCAGAACUCGACUGUUGUCGAAGUCGUUGCAGACGUGUUUGACAAGUACGUGUUUGACGAUGCCAAGGAUGUCUUGCUUGAAGUAUACGCGCCCUGGUGUGGAUUCUGCAAGCAUCUCGCACCGACCUACCAGAAGCUUGCGGAUCUCUACGCAGCCCACCCGCAGGGCUCGUCGCAAGUUUCGAUUGUCAAGAUGGACGGCACGGAGAAUGAUAUCCCCCCGCACGCUGACAUUACGCUCACCGCCUUCCCCACCAUUCUGCUCAAGCCUGCCGGCAAAGGCAAGAAAGACAUGGUUACCUACGAGGGUGACCGCACGCUUGAGUCAUUGAUUGACUUUAUCGCAAAGCACGGCACGCACAAGGUCUCGGUCGAGCCCAGCGACCCGGUAGCGGGCGCAGAGCAGCGACACGACGAACUCUGA